GAAUGGUUUGAAUGCGCAACUUUAUUGACAGCGGAAGGGGUUCUUGAGAGCGAAGGAACAACACACGUGUAUUCCUCAAUCUGAAGGUUAAAUAAGCCGGUGGUCGGGUGUGUUUGUUGGCCGCUGAGAGUGGUCGUUUGGACGGUUAGAUUUUGUAGAGAGUACGGUCUGGAGCGGACACAACGCAGACAUGGACCCAGAGAAAGCACAGCAACUGGCGGCGGAACUAGAAGUGGAAAUGAUGGCUGAUAUGUACAAUCGGAUGACCAACGCAUGCCACAGGAAGUGCGUGCCCCCACACUACAAGGAGGCGGAGCUGUCUAAAGGGGAGGCGGUUUGUCUGGACCGCUGUGUGGCUAAGUACCUGGAUCUACACGAGAGGCUGGGCCGCAAGCUCACCGAGCUCUCCGUUCAGGACGAGGAGAUGAUGAGGAAGAACGCUAUUGGACAAUAAUAUAUAUAUUUUUAGGGAGGGAUGGGGGUGGGUUAGUG